UCGGAUCGGAUACCGAUGGAAUCACAGAGACCAUCAGCAGUCCGCCGGGCGGCAACAGGGCAACAUCAGCUGAUCAGGCUCUUGGUAACAGUCUGGAGAGCAUGUAUGCAGAAUCCGUCACCUCAAGCUCACAGGAUGUGCUCCAGAUUCUGGCUGCAGAUGUGUCUGGAGAUGAUGUUGUGUUGGGGCAGCCGACAUCAGCUGCUGAGGAAAAGGCGCAGAUGUGCAGGAAGGCAAUUAAAACAUUGGCCUCUGAAAUGGGUCGGGCCCAGACACCGCAAGGUCUGCAAAGGAUGUCUGAGUUAUCAUCACUUGUCAUUAAGUCCUGUCCUGGCAUUCCACAGGAGGAUAAGGUACAAGACAUGGCCAUGGGUGUUCUGAAGUUCAUCACCAGCAAACUGGACCAGCUGGACAUGUCUGACCCGUCGACUGUCCAGUCUGUGGGAGGAUCUCUGGUGGAGUCUGUCGGUUCUCUGUUUGAGGACCCAAAGAGAAAUGAAGAAGAGGCUGAUGUGAAGCUCACUUCUGAUCUUGAGGAGGACCAGAGUCUCUCUCCAAAGGAGCGCCGUCAAAAGGUGGAAGAAAAGAAGCAGGAGAACCAAGCUAAGAGACGAAGAUUUGUCCAGGAAGGUCGCCAGAUCCUGGACGGUCUGUUCAACGCCAUCAUCAGCACCACGAGGCCAGGAGCCCCGGCGGUCACCAUCGAGAGGGGCGGCAUCACGCUGCGUGCCCAGAGAAUGUGGGGCGACCAGUUUGGAGGCCAGGUCGUGCAGACGGAGGAUGGGAGCUUCCAACUUCCGUCUAAAACAGCACUUUUCGCGGACUAUACUCCGCACAACGUCGCUAUGAAGUUGACGCAGUUUCAACAGAACAUUUUUACCUGGGGGCGCGGGGAGUACCAACCACGUUCGUCUGUCAUGGAACUGUCACUUCAGCAGAACAACUUCCCUGUGUCCUUCAACAACUUGACUGAAGACUUCAACAUCACCAUUCCGGCCAAACCCGGAAACAAACCAGCUACAACAACCGUCACCAUCCCUGCCCAAGGAAACGGAAGUUCCAGCUACCAUUUGCUGAACCUCACCAACGCCGCAGAAGGCUUCCUGGUCACAAUCAUCCCGCUGAACACCAGCGUUGUUUACCGUGUGUCGGGCAGGUACGGCGGCCGCCCUGAUGACCAAAACUACAACAUGUCCACAGAGACGUACAUCCUACCCGAGGAGUGUGCCUUGAUGAAAACUCUGAGUGGCGAGGAAGACACAGAGAAGACAGAGGCAAGAAUGUUCAUCUCGGGAGAGGAUGGUCCUGUGGAUUACUACAUCAAGGUCGAAAUACUUGGACCAGUGACUGAGUGUGGCAGUGAGAAAAGAACCGACGUGAAGGAGCCACACACCGCUGACUCCUACGCCUACCAGAUGGAAUGGGCCCGUUUGGGCUGUGUCUUCUGGAGCGAGACGCAGGAAGCCUGGAGAACGGACGGCUGCUCGAUAAGCGAGCAUUCCACCAUUUCCAGAACUAUCUGUCACUGCAACCAUCUGACAGCCUUCGGGAGUGACUUCGCCACACCACCGAACACCAUCGUGUUCGAGGCGUUGAACUUCAGGGAUCUUGCAGACAACGGUGCCGUCGUGACAACCAUCCUUGUGACGUUCUGUCUCUACUCGCUCACAUCAGUCGCGAUCAAGAUCGCUGAGCGUAGAGGAAAAGGGGUGUUAAAUGUAGCUAUAAGGUUGGACAACCUUCAGGACAACUUCCGGUACCGCCUCCUCAUCUGGACAGGUGGAGCUAAGCAUGCUGGGACAGAGUCUACAGUUGCCUUCAAGCUGUUCGGAGAUGCAGCAAACUCUGAUGUGAGACUGGUCAACCUCACAGAGAAGGUUUUCACCCGAACCAGCCAGGUGACCCUGACCUUCAGCACAGCAGAACAGCUGGGUAAGCUGGAGCUGCUGCAGCUCAUGCACGACAACAGUGGGGAGGGGAGCCGCGCAUCGUGGCACGUGGACCGAGCAGCCGUGCAGGAUCUCACCACGGGCAAACUGUUCUAUUUCUUCUGCGACGAGUGGUUGGCAGCCGACCGCGGGGACGGGCAGGUCGUGAAGACCUUUCCUGUCGCCUCUGAGGAGGACCUGCGAUCCUUCGGGUUCCUGUUCCCGGCAAGUCUGCGCCAUAACCUGCUAGAGGAACACCUUCUUCUGUCCGUCGCCUUCAGGCCUGAAGGUAGCACGUUCACCCGCAUCGAGAGGCUUGGCUGCUGCCUGAGUUUCUUCGCUGCGUCCAUGGUGUCCAGCGCCAUGUGGCUGAAGGAUGAAGUAGAAACCGAGAUCGUGCAGGGCUUCAGCCUGGGGCCAUUCUCCUUCACCUUGAACGGAGUCUACACGGGGUUCAUGGCCAGCAUCACCUGCCUUCCCGUGGUAACAGCCAUAGUGCUGCUGUUCCAGUACAGCCGGCCGAGCAGCAAGGGCGACCGCCGGAUCCGAGACGUGGAGACGGGCGGCCAACCCACCCAGAGGGGUCCGGCCAAGCGCCUGCCACACGGGUGCAGGUACGUGGCCUGGAUGCUGGUGAUGCUGUCUUUCCUGGGGUCAGCUGUCUUCACCACGCUGUUCAGCAUGCAGUGGGGCAGGGACAAGACCAACAAGUGGCUGUCUGCGUUCCUCAUCACCUUUCUGGCAGACGUCUUCCUUAUGCAACCAGGGAAGAUAUUUCUUCUUGCCAUCUUCACUUCAUCCCUUCGCAAGACACGAGCCGUCAAGAAGAUUUUUGAAGAGAAACGGGACCGCGUUUGGAUGGAAGCCAAUGCUGUGUCAGGCUUCAACUGCGAUGCAUUUCGCACAAGGAGAAAGAUGGAGCGACUUUCGAUGACAUCCCUUAUCAACAUUAAACAAGCAAGGAAGAAGCAGCGCAGGGACAGGAGGAAUGGCGAAAUCCUUCGGGACAUCAUGGUGUCUUGCUUUUACGUGCUGCUUGUCCUCAGCAUCACCAAUGAACACCACAGCACCACCCAGGCCUUCUAUCAGACACAGAGUGCAACCAACACCUUUGUGCAGUCCUUGGACGAGGUAAAUGAUGCUGAUACCUUCUGGUCCUGGCUGAACGGGACCGCUCUGGAGAACUUCUACCCGGAGACUUCCUACAAUGAUGACAAGCUUCGCUGGCAGGAGAAGGGCUUUACAGCAGACAUGCAGUCGGUCCUGGUCGCCCCGCCAAGCAUGAUCCAAGCCCGAGUAAAGCCAGGGCUGUGCACAGUGCCAGCAGCAAUGCAGGAGUCGUUUGACGAAUGUUCAUCAGGGUACAAUGAACACACCAAGGAGACCGGGGCGUUUCAAAAGGGUUGGGAAAGGGUAAUGAAUACGUCAGCGAUGGAAUCAGAAUCCCCUGGAUGGACCUACCUCCCCAGUGGAUACCGCAGUUUCCCCAUCUACGGUGUGACGACGCGAUACUGGGGAGACGGCUUCGAGCUGAACCUGGGAAAAUCUGCAGACGAGAUGCGCAGCAUCCUGGCAGAGCUGAAGGCCAACCGUUGGAUCGACAAGCGGACGAGGGCCAUCUUCUUGGAAGCGUUGCUCUACAACGGGAACCUGGAUCUGUUUACAUCGGUGACGAUGGUGUUUGAAUUCUCCGAGACGGCCGGAGUUUUCACCCAUCAUCGCGUGCAGGCCUUCCGACUUCACCAACGGCCGGGGACGAUCGGGUACAUCUACGUCCUGCUGGAAAUCACUUACGUCAUCGUUCUCCUCUACACACUGUGGAAAGAGAUGAAAACUGCACGCGCAGUGGGCUGGGCCUACCUGAUGGAGCCAUGGCAGGUUGUGGAAAUCUUGAACUUCUUCUUGGCAUUCACUGUCAUCGCCUUGUAUGGCUUCAAGAGAACCUACAGCUCCAUGGCUCUGGCAGCGAUCAAUGCUGGGAAAGAUGAAGUUCACCAUUUCCGAUCUGCGGUGAGCGUAAGCCUGGUUUACGGCUGGUUCCUGGCCUUCCUGACGUUUGUCAACAUGUUGAAGUUUCUCCGGCUGCUGAGGUUCAACCCAUUCCUCGCCAAGCUGAUGUCCAUGAUCAGAGGGAUGUCUUUGGAGUUCUCUUCCUUCACCAUCUACCUCUUCAUCUGCAUGUCAGCAUUCGGCGUCUAUGCUCAUCUCAAGUUCGGCCUUACUGUGGCGGAGUACAGCACCAUCAGCAAGUCCUUCUCCACCCUGUUCCAGAUGUCUCUUGGAAACUUCUACUACCACGAGCUGCGGGAGGCAUCCCCCAUCCUCGGCCCCAUCUACUUCAUCACUUUCAUUUGCAUAAUCUUCCUGGUGUUGAUGAACAUCGCCAUGGCGAUCAUCGACAGCUCCCUUCCCGAUAUGCGGAACCACAUUAUGUCUGAGGAGGACCAGUACUUCAUCCAGGGGUUGUGGGAACGCUUCACGGCCUUCUUCGGCUUCUGGAAGGUGCCAGUUGCAGAAAACAAAGCGUUGGACACUCUUCAUGACAGCCUGGUCGAGGUGGAGAUUAAAGUGGAGAAACUGUGGCUGCAGAGGCAGUUGCUCUUCAACCUCGAGAUGAAGGACGCAGACCUCCCUGCAGAGCCUGAGUUUGUUCCGACUGUCAAAGAUGUUCCCGAUGCUACAGCCGUGGAACUUCAUGUCCCCAAAGGAGGCUGCCGCAUCAUCGCGGUCCGUCCUGCAUCCCCAAACAGCCGCACAGUCGACAGCAGUCAAGCAAUCUGCUCCAACAGCAAGGUGCCAGUGGUGGUGGCAUCCAGGUCUCCAUCAAAAGAGGACACACAGGAAAGCCAGUAUCAUUACUACAAGGAGUGUGAAGUGGGGAGGCUAAGUGUCAACUUGAGUGCUGGUGACAAGGCGGUUCUGACAAGCAACGAGAUGCUGACAGACGACCACAUCCAGGCUGCCCAGAAGCUGCUCCACCACCAGUACCCGGCACUCCAAGGCCUGGAAGCCCCUACAGUUGGUCUCUGCGAGGACGGGUUUGCCAAGAUGACAGGAAAGGGGCUACAAAUCCACCACAACAGCAGAUCCCACUGGGUUCUGUCGUCUUACACAGACGGACAGGUUCGCCUGUAUGACAGCAUUGGCGCCGACAUGACCACAUCUCUGCAGGUCCAGCUUUACCAGACCUACUCCGCAUUUGCCGACCAAGAGAGUAACGUUCUGACCAUCAUCCUACCAGAGGUACAGCGUCAGAACAAUUUCUUUGAUUGUGGACUGUUUGCCAUCGCCUGGGCAGUGGACAUCGCACAGGGGCAAGACGUGAGCAGCAUUGCGUAUGACGACAGGAAGAUGAGGAGCCAUUUGAAUAAGUGCUUUGAACAGGGAAGGCUCACACCAUUUCCUCAUCUGACCGGCCACAGGAAGAAAGUUGGUCUAACCAGGGUCAGCAGAAUCUCACUGGUUUGUCGCUGCAAGCAGGAGGAGGGUCUGGGAAGGAUUGAGACGUGCAGGUCAUGCCAGAGGAUCUUUCACGUCAGUUGCCUGCCGGUUAUCCCUCUCAGUGAUGACACAUGGAAAUGUGGAGACUGCGCCGUGUAAAGUACAAAAUGCACCGUAAAAACUGCUUAACAUCUGGAUGAACUGUUUGCCUCCUGGUGGAA